CGUUUCCCCUGGCUGCUGGCACCCAAGCUUCCUCCCAGCCAGCCAGGACGCUACCGCUUCGACUUUGCCCGCUGUUCAGCUAAUGAGGCUGCAAAGCUGCAACUAAGUGGAGUUGGCCUCCCUGCUCACCUGUGGAAGAAACUUUCGCUGAUUGAUGGCGACAUCGACUUUUUCCCCCUUCGGCCUCACCGGCGUCCCCUCCCACAGAUGCAGCAUCACCCAGUGAAUGUACAUUAGGCUGGUUUUUCCCCCCAGCUUCGGGCUUUGUUUGGGUUUGAUUGUGUUUGGCUCUUCGCUAAGCUGAUUUAUGCAGCAGAAUUCCCGUCGGCUGGAGAGAAACAAAAGCUCUUUUCUUUGUCCCAGAGCGGGCUGCGGAGCUCCGCUCGCGUCGCCACCCCGAGCCAGUGGCCGUCGGAGGAGGUGCUUCUCGCGGAGAUUUCGGGACCCACCGAGUCAAGCUGGGAGGGCCGCGGGGGCCCUGAGAUGCCGAGCGGUGCCCAGGCCAGCGUACCUGCACCGCUUGCUCCGAGCCGCGGGGUCCGCCUGUCGGGCCUGCUGGAAACGUCCUAGUGACACUUGGUCCGCGGGCCCCAAGGUGCGCCGGAGAGGCGCAAGCGCGCAUUUAGAGAGCAGCCAGGCGGCGGGCGCAGCGCGAGCUGCUUUGCAUUAUGUGCUGCUCGGCCCUGGCUUUUUUUACUGCCGCAUUUGCCUGCCUGCAAAAUUGCCGGCCAGGUCCUGCCCCAUUUCUCCGGGCGGCCUGGGUGUUUUCAGUUGUUCUUGGACUGGGUCAAAGUGAAAACAACAGAUGUGCAUCGUCAAAUGCAGUGUCCUGUACCAGGUGCCUUGCACUGGAUCCAGAAUGUGGAUGGUGUACUCAAGAGGAUUUCAUUUCAGGUGGAUCAAGGAGUGAACGUUGUGAUACUGUUUCCAAUUUAAUAAGCAAAGGAUGCUCAGUUGAUUCAAUAGAAUACCCAUCUGUGCACGUAAUACCAAGUGAAAAUGAAAUUAAUACCCAAGUGACACCAGGCGAAGUGUUGGUCCAGCUGCGUCCAGGAGCUGAAGCUAAUUUCAUGCUGAAAAUUCAUCCUCUGAAGAAAUAUCCUGUGGAUCUUUAUUAUCUGGUUGAUGUUUCAGCAUCAAUGCACAAUAAUAUUGAAAAAUUAAAUUCCGUUGGAAAUGAUUUAUCUAAAAAAAUGGCAUUUUUCUCCCGUGACUUCCGCCUUGGAUUUGGCUCAUAUGUUGAUAAAACAGUUUCGCCAUACAUUAGCAUCCACCCAGAAAGGAUACAUAAUCAAUGCAGUGACUACAAUUUAGACUGUAUGCCACCCCAUGGAUACAUCCAUGUGCUGUCUUUGACAGAGAACAUCACUGAGUUUGAAAAAGCAGUUCAUAGACAGAAGAUCUCUGGAAAUAUCGAUACACCAGAAGGAGGUUUUGAUGCUAUGCUUCAGGCAGCUGUCUGUGAGAGUCAUAUUGGAUGGCGAAAAGAAGCUAAAAGAUUGCUGCUGGUGAUGACAGAUCAGACAUCUCAUCUUGCUCUUGACAGCAAAUUGGCAGGCAUAGUGGUGCCAAAUGAUGGAAACUGCCAUCUAAAAAACAACAUCUACGUCAGAUCAACAAGCAUGGAACAUCCCUCACUAGGCCAACUCUCAGAGAAGUUAAUAGACAACAACAUUAACGUCAUCUUUGCAGUUCAAGGAAAACAGUUUCAUUGGUAUAAGGACCUUCUACCCCUCUUGCCUGGUACCAUUGCUGGUGAAAUAGAAUCCAAGGCUGCAAACCUCAAUAAUUUGGUAGUAGAAGCCUAUCAGAAACUUAUUUCAGAAGUAAAAGUUCAGGUGGAAAACCAGGUAAAAGGCAUCUAUUUAAACAUUACCGCCAUAUGUCCGGAUGGGACCAGAAGGCCAGGCACAGAAGGAUGCAGAAAUGUGACGAGCAAUGAUGAAGUUCUUUUCAAUGUAACAGUUACAAUGAAAAAAUGUGAUGUCACAGGAGGAAAAAGCUAUGCAAUACUCAAACCUAUUGGUUUCAAUGAAACCACUAAAAUUCAUAUACACAGAAACUGCAGCUGUCAGUGUGAUGACAGCAGAGGACCUAAAAGAAAGUGUGUAGAUGAAACUUUUCUAGAUUCCAAGUGUUUCCAGUGUGAUGAGAAUAAAUGUCAUUUUGAUGAAGAUCAAUUCCCUUCUGAGAGUUGCAAGUCACACAAGGAUCAACCUGUUUGCAGCGGUCGAGGAGUCUGUAUUUGUGGGAAAUGUUUGUGUCACAAGAUUAAGCUUGGAAAAGUAUUUGGAAAAUACUGUGAAAAGGAUGACUUUUCUUGUCCAUAUCACCAUGGAAAUCUGUGUGCUGGGCAUGGAGAGUGUGAAGCGGGCAGAUGCCAGUGCUUCAGUGGCUGGGAAGGAGAUCGGUGCCAGUGCCCAUCAACAUCAGCCCAGCACUGUAUCAAUCCAAAGGGCCAAGUGUGCAGUGGAAGAGGCACGUGUGUCUGUGGCAGGUGUGAGUGUACCGAUCCCAGGAGCAUUGGCCGCUUCUGUGAACACUGCCCCACGUGUCCCACAGCCUGCAGUGAAAACUGGAAUUGUGUGCAAUGCCUUCACCCCCACAACCUGUCUCAAGCUAUACUUGAUCAGUGUAAAUCCUCAUGUACUUUCAUAGAACAGCAUUAUGUGGACCAAACAUCAGAUUGCUUCUCUAGCCCAAGCUACUUGAGGAUAUUUUUCAUCAUUUUCAUAGUUACAUUCUUGAUUGGGUUGCUUAAAGUCCUUAUCAUUAGGCAGGUGAUAUUACAAUGGAAUAGUAAUAAAAUAAAGUCCUCAGCAGAUUACAGGGUGUCGGCCUCAAAAAAGGACAAGUUGAUUCUGCAAAGUGUUUGCACAAGAGCUGUAACCUACCGACGUGAGAAACCUGAAGAAAUAAAAAUGGAUAUCAGCAAAUUAAAUGCUCAUGAAACUUUCAGGUGCAACUUCUAAAAAGAUAAAACAUACUUUAUGGGAAACUGAAUUUUUAAUAAUUGCUCCUAAGGAUUAUAGUUUUAGAAGUCACAGGAGGAGACAAAUUGUUCUAGAUCGUGCUAGUUGCUGGUUUUCACUCAAAUGAAGACUGACAAGCAUCCUCAUCAUCAUGUGACUUACAUCGCUGCUGACCUUUUCAGAGAAAAAUGUGUCUUACUACUGUUUGAGACUAGUGUCAUUGUAGCACUUUACUGUAAUAUAUAACUUAUUUAGAUCAGCAUAGAAUGUAGAUCAUCUGAAGAGCACUGAUUACACUUUACAGGUACCUGCCAUUCCUACGCUUCCCAGAGAGACACAAUACUUUUGAGAUAGUUUUGGCAUUGUGUCACUGCAAGGGAACAGUAACCCCUGCAUGGAACAUGCAAAUGAAAAAAAAAUAAGGCAGUUAUACUAAUGUUGCCAAACACUUCAACAUUUGGCAGUGGAUCACAAGAACAGCUAGAUACAUGAAUGGUUAGUGUUUCACUCAUUCAAGAGGUAAACAGAUAAAACCUUUAUCUUGAGGGAUAUUGCUUUUGAAACUGUAGUUUUAUGCAUGUGUGGAUACUAAAUCGAACAUUCUCUCCUCUUUGCCUUUAUAGUUUGGUUUUUGUUUCUUACAGGAUACGUUUAUAUAUGUCACUGAUGACUGGAUUAAAUAAGUGCUAAGUUACUACUGCCAUAUAAUACAAUGUCACUUUAUUAGAAUACUGGUUUUAAAAGCUGAAUGUUUAAUAAGGGACACUAUAAAGUAACAUCAAAAUUUGAACAGCUUUGUUGUUUGGAGAUGUGGAGUUUUAUAUCUUCUUACCUGGUAAACUGGAUGGACUAUUUUACCACUUCAUUUGUCUAAUCCUCAGGUUGAAAUUCACAGGAUAUUCAUUCAGAAACUCUGCCUCAAACAAAGUGCCACACUUUUGACUGAGCUUUCUCAGAUAUUUACUCUAAGUAGAUAUUAGCAAUUUUCUAAUGAAAAGCUAUAUUAAGCUAUAUUAUUUUUGCCCUUUCAUGAAGCCUAUGGACAUUCUUUCCCUUUAUCACCUCAACCCCACUGGCCAGAAUUCUAAAAGUAUGCAAUUGGAGGAAGAUAGACAAUAUCUUAGAAAUAAGCUAAUUCAUCAUUUUAGUUAGGGAAUCAAGGUUCACAAAAGUUUAAAUGAUUUCUCAAAAACCAUCUCCAUGAUUAAGUGGCAGCAUUCAAAGACAACUUCUAUCUUCUUAUUGCUAGGCUAGUGUUCAUUGCACAAUAUCAUGCUACCUCUUGAGUCUAUACAAUAUACAAUUGACAAGUGUUUUUAAAUGUGAUUUACUGAAGUCUUAAGUAUAUGACCAUGAAAAAAUUUCAAAGCAAAGCAGAAAAGAGUCAUCCAAAAUGAAUUGACCAUGACUAGCUUCCAAUCUUUCCUGCCAAUCAGUUUCUAAGAACUAACUGUAGGUGUGGAAUCCAUUCAUGCCUUAGCCUGUGUGAACAGCAUCCCCUAGAGUUGUACAGUGCUCAACCUGAGAGAUUGAUACAGCAGCCAUGAGCUUUUCUCUUCCCCAAUGUAAAUUUCUUCACAAUUACCAUAGCCCUACAGACUUAGUCUGAUUUUAUUGGCGAGAAGUCCAAUAGUCCAGUGUGCAGUACAGAACUUUGCCUAGGACAACAAUGUCUUCUUAUAAUUAACAUCCCAGAUUUGCUGUUUUCUAGCACUUGAGUUAAUCAAAGUGCUAGAUAUUUGCAUUUCAGUGAAGGCUAACCACCCCCAUAUUCUGCCCUAAAGAACAUUUUAAAACAUAGAAUAGGUGUUUUGGAGCCAACAAACACAGCAGCUCCAUUCGCUGUCCCCUACAGCCAAGCAAUUAUAACUUUAAGUUGAACUGUAGUUCUUUUCCCCAAAUGAGAGACUGGGGACAUUGAUAUAAUUCAGUACUGUGACUCACCUGUAUAAAACCAAGAAUAACAUAAAAAUCAUGUUUUGUAGUCUGCCUGUCACACAUAUCAUCCUUUUUAAAAGGAAAAUAAAUGGAUAGCUGACAGCAUCCCAAAAGAGUGGAAAAAUCCAUUUAUUAAAAUGCUGAAAAUUAAAAAUGAACAUUAAAAUGUUCAUAAACAAAUUUCCAUGUAGAAUGAACUAUCCAAAAGAGCAAAAUAAAAUGAAACCCUAAAAGUCCAGGGUUUACCUUUUUACACUCUCACUAGUUUGCACUAAUUUAUAAUGAACCGAGGCUGUUAUAGUAGGAAGGGACAAACUUCCUGAUAGGCAGUUCAAUGCUAGAUGAUAAUUGUAGUCAUGCUUGUGAUGUGCUUUUUUUUUAUUUAAAGAUUUAAUUCUUAAAGAUUUUAGAGCUUAUAUUUUACUUGAAUAAUUGAUAUGUUCCUGUAUAAUGGAUUGUGAGAAAAGAAUUAAUAUUUGACUAGUUAGAAUUAAUUAAAAGGUAAGGAAAAACAGGGUAUUCUUAGAUUAAAUAGUAUUUGUAAAUAGAGCCUAUUUUCAAUAUGACCAUGGGAGCCUUUGAGAUUCACUGAUAUUACACAAAAAAUAAUGAGAUUUUAAAUGGUUAACAAAGUUACGAACUUGAACACUUUUUGGUACAAUAGCAUUUCUGCACUCUAAAGUCUAUAGAAAUGUGCCAUACAUAACACUACAAUAUAACUGUAUGCAUUUGAUUUCUCUGGGGGUAUCUAUACACUGCAAUGUACAUGGAUUUAUAAGCAUUUGAUAUCUUUUUCAAAAUUUGUUAAUAUUUAUAAGUCAUAGAUAUUCUCUGCAAGACUCAGAAAUUCAGUAAAAAUCUGAUUAUGUCCUAAAUGUUCAAAGUAGCUUUGGUUAAUAAAGAUUUUAAAAACUUAAGUUAAACAAAAUAGAUUUUUUUUCUACAGGCAUAGUUUUCAAAAAUCAAAAUUGAAAUUAACGCAUGCAACAGAUGCAACAUUUCACUAAAGAAUAAAUUUCAAAUACUUAAUAUAUACUUAAUCUCUAUUGAAAGUAUUCUUAUGACAACAGGGAUCCAUGAGACACUGAAAUAUUUUUAUGAUAGACUAUGAAAAUUUUUCUCCAUAGAAUUAUAUUCCUCCAAAUACCUGAUAUAGCAAAUAAGACUCAGUGGCUUGUACUUACUUUCCUUACUCCUGUUUUUUUUCCACUCAGUUUUCCUAAGGGAUUGCACUAAAACUUCAAACUCAAUAAGCCUAAUUGUGAAAAAUAACCAAAUGUAAUGGUAUAAUGUUCUUCAUUUCCAAACAUCUCUUGAUUUAAAAACUCAUUUGCAUCUAUGCACCUGAACAAAGAUAGAUCCAUUAAAAACUAAUAAUUUUAAAUUUUCACAACUGUUAGAGAUUCAGUUUUAAAGGAUUUGAGGCCUAUAUAUUUUAAUAAAAGUUUCAAGUGAAAUAUAACUACUUGGGAGUUCAAGCAUGUGCAUAUUGUAUUGUUUUGCUCUUAACACUUAAUUUAUGACUGUCCUUAUCAAUAUAGACCUUGAGAACUCCAUUUCAUGCGAUGCAAAUUGAAAUAUAUUACUUUUCAAAGAAAUAUAGAACUAGCUUUCAUUUCCCUUUUCUUUUAUGAUUCCUCUGUGGGAAAUUUACUAUGGGAAACUGACUAUAUAUAUUCAUAUUUCACUGAUUCUGAGACAUUUGUGAUGUAUCUUGCAAUUGUGGCUUGUUAGAUGCAGUGUUGAAGGUUGUGCUUGAAAAAAUAGUACACUAAUUAAUUUUUAACUAAAUGUUCAUGGGUAUAGGGACAGUCUUUUCUUACAAACAUUUGAAAAUUCAUUUAUGAUAACAUAUGAGCCAGUUUUCAGUACAACUGAAUCACAUUCAACUCAACAUGAAUCCUAACUGUCUAAUCAUGAGCUCACAUUCUGCAGACCUUUAGGUUAUAAAAGCUCUUUCAGCUUCCUUUUUAUGCCAGUGGCUAUAAUUUCUGCAAACCCUAGCUUAACUGACAAGAAUGAGUGGCUUUCUCCCAGUUUUGUUAAUUAUUUUUUAAUCUUUCUGUUCCUUUGUAAAGAAUAAUCAUCUAUAUUAUCAUCUCGGUGUUAAAAAGAAUUAAGUGGAAGAAUAUUGCAGAUAACCACCAUAAUUAGAUUUUGCAGCAUCUUGUAUGUGUUACAUCAGUGACAGGAGAGAAAUAUGAUACAACCAAUCAGUAUAGUCAGAGGGAAAAAAAACCUUUUUCUUUGUGUCCUUCUGUUUUUAUUCUUUAACAUUUCUGUUUUUUUGAGUGAUUUUUUUUCUUUGGCUCUAAUAAAUUUACCUUCAAGCCCAUGUAAUGACUGUCAUAAAAAUGCAUAUUUAAAUUAUUUAAUUAUAUGAAACAACUGUUCAGCUAAGAAGCUGUUAAUAAAAUACCUGAGAGUAAGAACACUACUCUUUUAUCUACCUGAAAUACUUUCCUACAUAAAAUAUAUCUUUGUAAACUAAUGCUAUUAAUCAGGUUUCCAACCUCUACAACCUACUUCAGUUAAAAUUAUUUAACUCAAGAAUUAAAAAAAAGAAAAAUAACUGCAGUCACCAAGGAUGGAAGAUGUGAUUUGUAUAAAGAAUUUUUACACUGUACCACAAAUAAAUGUGAUUUUGAUAUGAAUUACAUACA